ACUCAUAAUAUUUCUGAGAAAUGAGACUCGUCUAGAGCGAGAGAGAGAGAGAGAGAGAGAGAGAGAUCUGUUUAAUGGCGUUGUUGUGUUAAAUGUUUGUGUAGACAAGGAUGGACGUGGAAAAGUCGUCUUUGUGCAAUUGCGUGGUGAACUUUCUGCUGGAGGAGAACUACUUACUGACGGCAUUCGAGCUCCUCCACGAGCUUCUCGACGAUGGCAGAGACGAUCAGGCCAUUCGCCUCAAAAACUUCUUCUCCGACUCCUCCCAAUUCCCUCCCGAUCAGAUCUCUCGCUUCAACUCUCUCCGAGUUGCAGAUCCUCAAAGUUUGCUUCAGGAGAAAGAAGCAGUAGAAGAAAAAUUAGCAAUUAGUGAAUAUGAGCUUCGUUUAGCCCAAGAGGACAUUUUGAAAUUCAAGACUGAAUUGCAGAAGAAAGCAGAAUCACCAGUAACUGAAUUGAGGGAGUCAAAUGCCAGUGUAAAUAAUGGACCCCAAUAUCAGCGGCAAAAGACAGAUGUCUCCUUCUCGGAUCUGGGUCCCUUGAAAGAUAAUGAACGUCGAGAUCUUAACUGUGCUGUAAAGGAAUAUUUGCUAAUAGCAGGUUACCGGCUUACUGUAAUGACAUUUUUCGAAGAGGUCACAGACCAGAAUCUAGAUGUUUGGCAGAACUCACCCGCAUGUGUACCAGAUGCCCUGCGCCAUUAUUAUUAUCAGUAUCUUUCAUCCACUACAGAGGCUGCUGAGGAGAAAAUUUCCAUGCUUCGGAAAAAUGAGUUGUUAUUGGAAAAAAAUGAGAAGCUAAAUCAUGAAAAGCUGUGCUUGGUUAAAAACAAAGACAUGGCUGAAGGUCAAAUAAGUGCACUCAACAAAUCAUUGGAAUCUCUUCAGAAGGACCUUAAAGACAAAGAGAACCUUGUACAAGAUUUGAAGCAGUCCUUGGAGCACCAAAGAAAGGAGCUCAAUGAUUGUAGAGCUGAAGUCACUGCUUUGAAAAUGCACAUUGAAGGAUCUCGUUCGGGACGAAAUAUGGUAGCCACUGAUGUUGAUCACGUGCAAUCCCUGUCAUUGGAAAAAUACAAAGAAGAGGUGAAAUCACUGCAGAUGGAACUAGAAAUUUUAAGAUCCAAUAUUGCAAAUGCUCCCGAUUAUAUAGUUUCCGUCCAAGCUGGGAAAGAGUCUAUGCAGAUGGAAGAAAAGGUCGUGGUCAUGGAUGAAGAGAAAAGUAUAAUCCAGCAUCCAGUUGAUGCACUAACAAGAGUUGUGGAAGAAGCUGAUCAAUCACUAGCUGCUGAUGACAACCUAAUUACACCUAAGGAAGUCUCAGAAGAAUAUUCAGUCAAUCCUUCAAAUGGUAGUACUGCCUUGACAAAUGGUGAAAGUGUCUCCAAACAAAAUGUUGAACCAUCUGCAUCUACCAUGUUACAUCUAACAACAGACGAUCAUACUGCUGAAACUGCUUCAGAGAAAAGGGGUCUACAGACCAUUCAGAUCCUUGCUGAUGCCUUACCCAAGAUUGUUCCUUAUGUUCUAAUCAACCACCGCGAGGAGCUACUUCCUCUGAUCAUGUGUGCUAUUGAGCGCCAUCCAGAGAGCAGUACUCGAGAUUCCUUGACCCACACAUUGUUUAAUCUAAUCAAACGUCCAGAUGAGCAGCAAAGAAGAAUUAUAAUGGAUGCAUGCGUCAGCCUUGCUCAGAAUGUAGGAGAGAUGAGAACAGAAACAGAGUUGCUUCCCCAGUGUUGGGAGCAAAUAAAUCAUACCUAUGAGGAACGCAGGUUGCUAGUUGCUCAAUCAUGUGGAGAGCUUGCAGAAUUUGUUCGGCCUGAGAUCCGUGAUUCUCUUAUCUUAUCUAUUGUUCAACAACUCAUAGAAGAUUCUGCAACUGUUGUCCGGGAGGCUGCUGUACAUAAUCUUGCAUUGCUGCUUCCACUCUUUCCAAAUAUGGACAAAUAUUUCAAGGUUGAGGAAUUGAUGUUCCAAUUGGUCUGCGAUCCCUCUGGAGUGGUGGUGGAAACUACACUCAAAGAAUUAGUCCCUGCAGUAAUCAAGUGGGGGCACAAAUUAGACCAUGUUUUAAGAGUUCUACUAUCUCAUAUAUUGAGCUCCGCUGAGCGCUGCCCUCCACUUUCGGGGGUUGAAGGGUCUGUGGAGUCGCAUCUUCGUGUGUUAGGAGAACGAGAACGCUGGAAUGUCGAUGUUUUAUUACGGAUGCUACUGGAAAUGCUUCCAUCUGUGCACCAGAAGGCGAUUGAGAUGUCCCCAUUUUCUUCUGAUCCUGAAACAACUGGAACAAUAUUUUCUACACCUUUCCUUGAAUUAUAUGCAGGGGGACGUGUUCAAUUGCCUGCUUUUGAGUGGUUGCAUGUCGACUGCAUACCCGAUUUGAUAGAGCUUGCCUGCUUGCUACCUCCAAAAGAAGAUACUUUGCGAAAUCGAAUCACCAGGUUUUUGUUGGCUGUAUCUGAACACUACGGGGAUUCUUAUUUGACACAUAUAUUGCUCCCUAUAUUCCUUGUAGCCAUUGGGGAAGAUGCUCAUUUGACAUAUUUCCCGUCUGAAAGCCAUUCCAAAAUUGAAGGUUUGAUGCCAAGGACUGCUGUGGCUAAGAGACUGGCUACUAUGUGCAUCUUACCUCUUCUCUUGGCUGGAGUUUUGGGUGCCCCUAGCAAGCAUGAACAAUUAGUGGAGUAUUUGAGAAAGCUAUUAGUUGAAGGUGUGGGAAAUCAGUCUACAAAGUGCAAUGCUGAGAUUAUUGAUGCUGUCCGCUUCCUGUGCACAUUUGAAGUUCAUCAUGGCAUGAUAUUUAAUAUACUCUGGGAAAUGGUUGUCAGCUCCAACAUAGAUAUGAAAAUCAAUGCGGCCAAUCUGUUGAAAGUUAUUGUUCCAUAUAUCGAUGCAAAAGUUGCAUCUACUCAUAUUUUGCCUGCCCUAGUAACUCUGGGCUCCGACCAAAACCUUAGUGUGAAGUAUGCAAGCAUAGUUGCCUUUGGAGCUGUCGCCCAACAUUUUAAAAAUGAUAUGAUUGUCGAUAAGAUACGGGUUCAGAUGGAUGCUUUUCUUGAAGAUGGAUCCCAUGAAGCUACCAUUGCUGUGGUUCAUGCAUUGGUAGUUGCUGUACCUCAUACAACGGAUAGACUUAAAGAUUAUCUUUUAUCCAAGAUUUUUCACCUUACUGCCAGUCUGCCUGCGAGUGACAUGAUGCGUCGUCGUGAGAGAGCAAAUGCAUUCUGUGAAGCAAUCCGUGCUUUAGAUGCAACAGAUAUUUCAGCAACCAGUGUACGAGACUUCCUCCUACCUACCAUCCAGAACCUAUUGAAGGACUCAGAUGCACUGGAUCCAGUACACAAGGAAGCCCUUGAAAUUAUAAUGAAGGAGAGAUCUGGUGGUACCUUUGAGACCAUCAGUAAGGUGAUGGGUGCUGGACUUGCAUCCUCUGUGAGCAGUUUCUUUGGUGAAGGUGGGCUGCUGGGCAAGAAGGAUAGUGUUGAGCCACUGCCAGAGCCAGCUGAGUCCCCGAAGGCUGCACCACUGGCACCAGUAGAGGACACUAGAUUAAGGCGCAUUAUGAGGGGAAAUUUCACUGACAUGCUCAGAGGCAAAGUAAAGGGCCAAGACGAAACUCAGAACCAAUAAAGCUUAAGAGUUUUUCCUGGCCAGUGGCCAAGAGAAUAUUUUGCAUCUCCUUCUCAGGUGGAUAUGGUUUUGUUCUCAUUGUCAAACUUGUGAUCUGAUGAGUGCAAGGGAAUUCUUAUAAUCUUUUACUUUCUGUUUCCUCAUAUAAAGUAAAAGGGAUUAAGAAAGUAAGAAAGGAAGAGAAGUAUGCAUUAUUGUUCUGAUCGUAUGGUGUUGAAUUUGUUGGACUGGUGAACAACCCAUUCCACAUUAAACUAAUAAAUAGUGUUUUUGAUCA